AACCAGCACGGUUGAGCCCUAUGUGUGUGCCAUGGACUCAGCCCUGCAAUAUUGACAAUAGGGUGAACCGAUUAUAUCGCCCUAAAUAACAUUGAAAUAAACCAAACCAACCCCAACAAACAAAAAAACCCAAGCUGGAAGGAAGACUAAGCGGGAAAGCAAAACCAAACAUACGGGAUUUAUCUCCAAUAUCAGGAAAUGUGUCUGUUUUAACCGCGUUUUUCAUUUUUAUGCAGCCAUUGAUGGAACACGGAGGAUUAUUAGCUCACUACAGAGUGUAAAGAGUGGCAGGUUUGGACAGCUUUGAAUAUACAUAUUUAUUUUGCAUUCAUCUACAUCCCAGUAGGACAUUUAAACUGAAUUGGGGAACAUUUUUUAAAAGACAAAAUAAAUAAAUAAAAAAGUAUACACGGGAUCAUCACUCCUCCUGAUCUCCUCCUUCGUUCCCCGGAAACACAGAGGAUCAAAAGGGCUAUGUCCUCAGCAGCCACCUCGCCACCGUCAGUGGACAAAGUGGACGGGUUCUCCCGAAAAUCGGUCAGGAAGGCCAAGCAGAAGCGCUCGCAGAGUUCCUCACAGUUCCGCUCUCAGGGCAAACCCAUCGAGCUCACUCCCCUCCCUCUGCUCAAAGACGUCCCUGCUCAGGAGCAGUCGGAUUUGUUCCUGAAGAAGCUGCAGCAGUGCUGCACCUUGUUCGACUUCAUGGACACGCUCUCUGACCUGAAGAUGAAAGAGUACAAACGCUCAACGCUCAACGAGCUGGUGGACUACGUGACGGUGAGCCGAGGCUACCUCACCGAGCAGGCAUACCCCGAGGUCGUCAAAAUGGUGUCCUACAACAUAUUCCGCACUCUUCCACCCAGCGACAGUAACGAGUUCGACCCAGAGGAGGAUGAACCCACUUUAGAGGCGUCAUGGCCACAUUUACAGCUGGUGUACGAGUUCUUCAUUCGCUUCCUGGAGAGUCAGGAGUUCCAGCCCAGCAUUGCCAAAAAGUAUAUAGACCAGAAAUUUGUUUUACAGCUGCUGGAACUGUUCGACAGCGAGGACCCGCGGGAGAGAGACUACCUUAAAACAGUCUUACACAGAAUCUACGGCAAAUUCCUGGGGCUGAGGGCUUUUAUACGAAAACAGAUAAAUAAUAUUUUUCUACGUUUUGUUUAUGAAACUGAGCACUUCAACGGAGUAGCUGAGUUGUUGGAAAUUUUGGGAAGCAUCAUCAACGGCUUUGCUUUACCUCUGAAAGCUGAACACAAGCAGUUCCUGGUGAAAGUGUUGAUUCCUCUGCAUACGGUCAGGAGUCUCUCGCUCUUCCAUGCACAGCUGGCGUAUUGUAUUGUACAGUUCCUAGAGAAAGACCCCACAUUAACAGAACCAGUCGUUCGAGGACUUCUAAAGUUCUGGCCAAAGACGUGCAGUCAAAAAGAGGUGAUGUUCCUUGGAGAGCUGGAGGAGAUUCUGGACGUGAUCGAACCCACACAGUUUGUGAAGAUCCAGGAGCCGUUGUUCAAGCAGAUCUCCAAAUGCGUGUGUAGUCCUCACUUCCAGGUGGCUGAGCGAGCGCUGUACUACUGGAAUAAUGAGUACAUCAUGAGUCUUAUCGAAGAGAACUCCAACGUCAUCCUGCCCAUCAUGUUUGCCAGCUUGUACAGGAUCUCCAAAGAGCACUGGAACCCGGCGAUCGUAGCUUUAGUGUACAACGUCCUGAAAGCCUUCAUGGAAAUGAACAGCACUUUGUUUGAUGAACUCACUGCCACCUACAAGUCAGAUCGCCAGAGAGAGAAGAAAAAGGAAAAGGAGCGAGAGGAAUUGUGGAAGAAGCUGGAGGACCUGGAGCUGAAGAGAGGCCUGAGGAGCGAUGUUAUUAUUCCCACUUAACGCUGCCCCACCUCUUGCACUUCACCACCCCCUCCCCAGAACACACUCCCAUGGCGUCGGCCACGCCCACAUAGGCCUUGUCUUUUUUUUUUUUUUUUUUUUUUUGUUUGUUUAUUUUCUUGUUUUUGUUUUUUCCUUUCUGUAUUGUGCGACUUACUUUACUGUAGAUUUCCAUCGUCUCUUUCAUUAUUUCAACACUGUAAAUAUUUUUUCCUGCUAUAUUUUUUUCCCCUUUGAGAAUAUUACACUGAAAAAAAAAAAAAACAGACUUUGAAGAAAAAAAAAGUGGCGAAAAAGAGCUCGCUCGUCAAAGUGGGAGUGAGAAAAGGACUUGACCAGAUAGUAGGAUUUAAAAUGAACCGCUACUGUGGAGAGAAAAUGAAAUCAGCUUGAAAACAGCACCCUCACCACUGUCAUAUGAGGAAUCAUCCCUUCCUGCUAACGUUUGUCCAGAUACACACCAUUUCACUCCUUCUCUCUCUCUCUCUCUCUCUCUCUCUCUCUCUCUCUCUCUCUCGCUCCCUUUUCCAUCCUUUUAUCUUGCUCCAGAAAAGUUUCCUCAGAACCUUUUAAUAGCAGAAUUCUCAAAGUGGAAAGGCUAAAUGCUAACCAGCAACCACACACACACACACUAUUUCUUUCACUAACAAACUUUUUCCCUACCCUCUCGGUGCUGCCAGGAUUUCCACUCAUUCUAUCCUGUUUUUUGGGUUUUUUUGGACGACGAAUUCCUCUCUUGAUUCUGCACCAGUCUGGUACUGGUACCAGUAAACUAAAACACGCACCAUUGCUGCAACGACACCGAAGACCCAGUGCCCUGCGCCAAACCUGAGAAACUCGUAUUGUAUGUGUGCGUGCGAAAGUGUGUGUGCACCCGAGUUUCUAACAGUGUUAAAGAUUUUACCUGAAUGCAGCUCUUUGAUCUGUUGUUGAUUGAACUAUUAGAACCUUAGUGCAUAUAUAUAUAUAUAUAUAUAUAUAUAUAUAUAUAUAUAUAUAUAUAUAUAUAUAUAUAUAUAUAUAUAUAUAAUCUUUUUUUCUUAAGGGACUGUCACAGAGUGUUAAAUAUGUACCACUCGCGGUUUCAUUUUCUGCCCCCUCUAGCCAUUUUAACUCCUUAUUUUCAAGUUUCAGCCUUUUAUUUUGUUGCAUAUAUGAGGAGAGAGAGAGAGAGCGGUGGGAUUGUGUGGAGGUCUCCGAUUCACCCAUUUUUUAUUUUUUGUGGUGAGCCUUGAAAUAAAUGACAAAGUCAAAGUGGGUUGGAGAAAUGACAAAUGUUUAAUUAUUUUAAAAAUAAAGACAUAUUAAAUUAAACCUGUUUUGAGAUAA